CUGGCUAGUGCGGCUCGUCGUCAUGGGCUGCGCUGAUGAGCGAUUUCGUAAUCGCGUGUCGUGCGAGCGUGGUGGUGUGCGCCGUGCGGUGGUAAGUGGUAAGCCGGGAGUAUCGCCGGGCCCGGAGGCAAUUGGAGCUACGCUAUCGGCAACGAUUCCGCACGGCGACACGCGGCAGGCGUGACGAUUGCCCGCGGAUGAUCUGGUGCUGCGCUCUCGCCAAGGGGAUCCCGCGCUUGUCCGAGAACGAGGAUCAUGUAUACCGUGUCGAAGGGACCUAGCAAGAUCGUAGCGAAAACACGACGAGGGAUCAGUCAGAAUCUCGAAAGAUUGGAGACUCUGCGCGAUCUGACGAGGAAGACCGUCACCGAGGACGACCACGAGAUCACCCGUGACGUACCGAAGCCGGUCUUCCAUAUAAACGGCAAGUCCAAGUUCGUCUCGCAGCGGCACCAGAUGCAAGAAGUUAUCACGCCGCAGCACGAGGAGCUCAUAAAAUUCAUUUGCGAAUCAUGGAAUCAAGUUAACGCGCGGCAAAGAAGCGAAUGUUGCGAUGGCACAGAAUGUGCAGAACUUUGCAGUCCUAAGGAUUCUAUAGUGUAUUACAAUGACGGUGAACCAAAUGAUAAUCUUCAAGACUUCAAGCCGUUCGACUUGGAAUCGUGGUGGGGCAAACGGUUGUUCAACAACAUCACAAAGUCACUCUGAGAUAUUCGGCAAGCUAAGAUAACACUUUUCCAAGAACUUGCACCGCUGUGGAAGUAACGUGGCGGCCCGUGCUAUAUAUGCGGAUCAAGCAAUAUCUCUCGUCUUAAGCAUGUGAAAUCCGACCAAGUUCGAAAGUUGGGAAGUCGGCAAGACAGUGUUGAAUAUAUCAAGCUGUAUGAAAUUACCGGCUAAAAUAUCCGGUACGUGCACAACGUACACGAUCUACGGUGAAUCGCAUCGUACAUCAAUCGCCGGUAUAUCAAUACACCCAGCGUACAUCUCUUGUACGCGCCGCGCGCAAUAGUAGCAAAUACCGUUAAUAAUUGAAGUGGUUCAAGACCGAUUGUUUAUAUUGCAUUUGUUAAUGAGAGUUUCUACAAAACAUUGAUACCCGUUUAUUGUUGCUCGAUUAUUAGAAUUGCUCAAUCUCAAUAAGGUGCAGAGUAUUCAGCGGUUUUGUACGCGAGAGCUUGAGAGUUGCACGCGAGUUUCGCGACAAUAGACAAUAAGUAGGAUAACGUGCGCGAUAGGGCCGGCCGCGGGCUUUGUAGGCGCACGUGGGAGAGUCGAGGGCGCGCGGCCCAAUACGUACCCAAUGCGUAUACCAAAAUAGGGCUAACAUAAGUACGAGCGAAAGACCCAAAGCUGUGCGGUAUGAAUCCUGCGUGAGGUUGGUGAAUUUGUAAUAUUAGAAUAUUGUAUAUAUGUACAUGUAUAUGCAACGAUCGCGUGAGUGCAUGACACAAUGUUGCGGGUAUUUGUUACGACGAUUUGUGUUCGACUUUUACGUAAGCGAGGAUUUAGUAUAAAUUUGUAGACUGAUAAUAUGUAAGGGAAUCGUCAUGUUGUUACUCGAGUCAGGUCGCGGCUCGCGGCACCGCGGCCGGUGACGCAAUCUAUUGCGGGGCUCGCUCAUCGAAUUGUUAUAUUGUGGCAAGUUAAAUUGCGUCUUUCUCGCGUUGCCUACGUAUCCGUCGGACUAUCCGCAAUGAGCCUUCGAUUGGCGACAAUUUAAGUGCCACAAUAUUACGCGUCUGACAAAGCGCAGCUCGCGAGAGUAGUCGUAAUGUAGCGAAAUGAAGUUCAGCCAUGUGCAGCUGAAUUUUAUACGAUCAUGAAUAAAUACCUCUUUAUACAUGCAGCAGUA